CAACCAGAUUAAGCAUUAAUUUUAAGCGGGACUUUCCAAUUUACAAAUGUCAUUGAUUGUGUUCUAAUUAAAGACAAAGUCACUAAUUCAUAACUGAUAUGCAAGAUUACUUUUGAUAUUUAGUUGUUAAAUUCAUGCAUCAUGGCAAUAAUAAAAUGUAGUUUGUCAAAAGACACUAGCUUUUGUAUUAUUAAUAGAAAUGAAUGUUAACUUUCGUUGAGUGUUUCCAUUGAAUAUCUAACAUUUUAACUUGUUUCUGAACAAAAUUUGAACAGAUCUCCAUGACAAGAUGUCAAUCGCGUUAGUAAUUGGUUUCACUGAUUCAUCAAUGUCAGCUUUAUCCAAAUCUGGUUAUGCACUUUUCAAAAGCUACAAAAACCCACCAAUUUUUUGGAAACUAUCGGAAUUGCGUCAACACUCCAACUAUCUGGGAAUCCAAUCCAGACCAGUAUUGGUAAGGAAUCUAAAGAGACGAAUAGAUUUCCAUAAUUCAAGGUACUUUUGUUCGCAGUCGAGUAGAGUUUUCAUGCCUUCAGAGGAAUUUGAGGUAAAAAAUAGAAAUAAUGCUUCUCUAUCCAAAGAUGAACAUCAAGAGAUCAUUAGCUCAACCGGAAAGACCAAGAAAACAACCGACGUGUUGUUUGAUAUGUUUGCAGACUCUUCUGGAAAGGUUCGUGUCAACAAAUUUUUCUCGGCCUUAUCAGCCACUGGUUUACAUGUAAAUGACCCUAGAUUGAAAGAAAUAACAAGUAAAUUGAACAGCAUUUGGAAGGAAAAGCAAGAAUCUGGUUCAUUUGAAGCUUUAACUUUGGACAGAGAAACGUUCGGAUCAGUUAUUAAGGAAAACAUUGUACUGAUCAGUAAAGCUCUUCGAUAUCAAUUUGUGAUACCAGAAUUUCAACAGUUUUGCCAUCAAAUUGAAUCCUUUUAUUGGAAAUGUAAAUCAUCAACUGGCGGUAAAGUUGCCCAGUAUAUUCCUCAACUGGCCAAGUACAAUCCUGAUUUAUGGGGUGUUGCUUUGUGUACAACGGAUGGUCAACGAUAUUCAAUUGGAGACACACAAAUACCAUUUACUAUUCAAUCCUGUGGUAAACCAAUUAACUAUGCAAUUGCUUUAAGUGAAUUAGGAGCUGACACUGUGCAUCGUCAUGUUGGUCAAGAACCUUCUGGGCGAAUGUUUAAUGAAUUAGUUCUCGAUCAUAAUAAUAAACCCCACAAUCCGAUGGUUAACGCUGGAGCAAUCGUCAUUAGCUCUCUUCUUCUUUACCUGAUUGAGCCUGGAAUGAGAGCUUCUGAAAAGUUUGACUGGAUCAGUGACUAUUUCAAAUCAAUGGCUGGUGGUGAAUACAUUGGCUUCAGCAACGCAACUUUCCUGUCCGAAAGAGAAGCCAAUGAUCGUAAUUACGCCAUUGGAUAUUAUAUGAAAGAAAACAAAUGUUUUCCUGAUAAUGUUCAUCUUAAAGAUGCCAUGGACUUUUAUUUCCAGAUGUGCUCAUUAGAAGUCAAUUGCUCAACGGUAGCUGUGAUUGCGUCCACCUUAGCUAAUGGUGGAAUCUGUCCAACCACAGGUCAACGAAUUAUAUCGCCACAAGCAGUCAGAGAUGUGCUUUCACUCAUGCAUUCUUGUGGAAUGUAUGAUUACUCUGGACAAUUUGCCUUCAAUGUCGGUUUACCAGCUAAAUCAGGAGUCUCUGGCUGCACUAUGGUUGUGGUACCUAAUGUAAUGGGACUGGCUUUAUGGUCACCUCCUUUGGAUAAUUAUGGAAACUCUGUUCGUGGGUUACAAUUUUGCGAAGAGCUUGUAUCAGUAUUCAAUUUUCACCACUUUGACAAUCUUCGUCAUGUUCCCCAUAAAAAAGAUCCUCGAAGACAUCGAUUUGAAGAUAAAGGCCUAAAUAUUGUUAGCUUAUUGUUUUCAGCCUGUUCGGGUGAUGUUUCAGCGCUCAGACGCCAUUAUUUAUCAGGGAUGGACAUGAAAUUAACUGAUUAUGACGGAAGAACAGCAUUACAUUUAGCAGCAUCAGAAGGACAUUUAUCGUGUGUUGAAUUCCUGUUGAAAGUCUGUAAAGUACAAUCCAACCCAAAAGACAGAUGGAAUCACACUCCAUUGGAUGAAGCUAAAUACUUUAAUCAUCUUCAUGUUGUUGAAUUAUUACAAAGGUGGGAGGAAGAUGCAAAGUGAACCUGAAAAAUUCACUUCACCUGGACUAUUUACAAUUAUCCAACUUGGGAUGAUUGGAUGAUCAUCUGUAAAUAACCUUUUCUCAUUCCAUCGUUUCAACUACAAUUUUUGCCUGAAUUUGGAGGACAUUUUCCAGCUAUAAAUGAAAUUUCAACCCGACUUUUGUGGUUGUAAAAAUGUUCAUGUGAACAGAUGAAAGUAUCACCUUUUUUUCAAUAAACUGUACGUUUUAUUGAUUACAAUCGAUCGGGUGAUUGAUUGAUUGUGAAAUGUUAUGCAUAAAAUAAAGAUUUAUUCUGGUAAAUAAAGUUGA